AUGCAUCAAGUGUUUUAAGAUGGCUAAACCAUGUGCUGUGUUCUGGGAUAUUCAAAAUGUUGGAAUACCAAAAGGACAAACAGUUGAUUCCAUUGUGGACCUGAUUCGCUCAACUGUAAUUAAACCUUACAAUUUAAAUGAAAUCUUUUUCUUUUGUGUUUGUGAUGUUCAUAAAUUACCUUCAAAUGUUGCCAAUUCAUUAAUAGCUCUGGAUGUUGAUAUUGUUCAAGCCUACAAUGGAGUUAAGGAUUCCGCUGAUAUUAAAAUAUUGGAUUUAAUGAGAAAGUUUGUUAAAGUUGCUGGACAAGAAUGUACAAUUAUAUUGUUAAGUGGUGAUGGCGAUUAUUAUGGUACUUUGAGUGAUCUAAAGAAGCUUCAUAAUGUAUCAAUUAAUCUUAUUAGAUUAGCCAAUUCAUUUUCACCUAAACUUGAUCAAAUAUCCGACUACACAUGCAUGUUAAAUAAUGGUGUAUUAAAGCCGAUUAAAUCAACUGUUGUACCAAAGUAUUUCAUUUCAAUCAAAAACUAUCCUCUAACUAUGGACAUCAACUUUGUUAUGGGUACUUUGAAUAACCAGAUUGCUGAAAGUAUCCAAAAGAGUGCGAUUCUAUUUGAUGAUUUAAUCUGUAUUGGAUUUCCUACUUUAUGGAAUGCUGAAAAGGCCAUUGAACAAUUAAAUGGAUCGCGGUUCCAUGGACACUUUUUAAAAGUUGUAUUGUUAUCUGAAUCACCUUUAACUGAAAUAUUAAAAUGUAUUAAACCUAAUGUGACUAUGCAGACUAAAAACAAUAAUGAAGCGAGACAAUUAACAUUCAUCAAGAUGGACAACUCCAAUGAAGUCGAUAUUAGCAAAUUUAUUAAAUUUUGUAUCGCUUGUACGAAACAAUCAGGCAGUCAAUGUAUUUUAUCGACAAAAUCAUAUCUUUGGAUUGUCUUUUCAUUCAAAUCUGAUGCACAAGAUUGUCUUUCAAAAGUUCAAAUUAUGUAUCCAGAUGCAAUCAUUUCUGAUCCACCGGUUGAUUUGGCAUCAAAAUACCACGAAAACUCAUAUACUGUUAGAUGUUGUGAACAAAAAGUCACAAAUGAAGUGAGCUCGCAGGUGGAUAACGCAGCUAAACCAAAAUCAGAAAAGGAUAUAGAAGCAAGUUCACAUAAUAAAAACUCCAGUAGCAUAAAUCAUCCUAACAUCGGUCCGAGUGCCCAUAUGAAACCGAAAGCAUCAAAGGAAUCAGUAACCUUGAAAAAAACAAUGAAUUUAGAACCAAAAAUAGUUUCAAACAAUAAUGAUGGUUGGAAGAUAUUCUUUCAUUGUGAUAAUUAUUUUGUUUCUCAUGUGGCACAUAAUCAAUUAACCAAAUGGUCGCUACUUUAUAAACUGUUUGAGAAAUACUACGAUUUGGGAGCGAAAAAGGUUAUAUGUGAUGCCAAUCUUUACUGUGCUCAUUUCGAGUCUGCUUCUGAUUAUCAAGAUACUUGCGCAGAAAAGUGGUCAGGAUAUUGCAAACCUUUAGAAUUCGUAAAAGCAAAGGAUCUCAACAAAAAAUUUACUAAGGCUACUAUUAAGAAAAUGAAUCGACAUAAGCAUGAGAUUCCUUGGUGUUUAAAUAUUGAACUUGACAUUCACUGUCUUGUGGUAAAAGUUGAUGAACAGAUUCACAUCGAGUUCAAGGAAAGGUGCAAAAAGAUUUUAGGAAAUCGUGAAUGUAUUUUCAUCAAACCAGUUCUGGAUUGUUUGGAUUGGUUUCCCUGAUGAACUAAUCUGUAAAAAUUCAAAGAAAACAGUACUUAGAUUUUUAGCUGAUCUCAAGUACCUCAAUGAUGUUUCAAUAGCUAAACCUUCAAAGGAACUUCUGGAGUCCAUCAAUUUACAGGAUUUAGCUGGUGAUGCUUAUGAUUUAGCAUUUCUUUCGAGCCAAUUAGAAGUUUCGAAGCCAAUCAAAAGACCAAACUUCAUAGAACAAAUAAGACUGCAACGAAUGCAAGAACAAGAAUGCGAUGAAACGGUUUUUCACUUUACUGUUUCUGGACAAUUCUAUAGUCGGUGGACUUCACACAAACUAGCGCUCGAACAAAUCGUUAAAAUUUUUGUAAAUUUUAGCAAAGUUAUUCCACUGGCUGCCACAGCCUCGGUUAUUGAGCUCAAUUCAAUAUAUAAUUCAUGGCAUGAAGCACUCGCUGCUCAACAUUUCUUGAAAAAGUUGACAACUGCUGAAGUUCCCUAUUUGCAAGAGUUCAGGGAAAUAGGUUCUAUUAGAAAGCCACAGUUAGCAUGUUCCAAGUACUCUGAGUAUUAUAUCAUCAACGACAAACGGAAGGUUCUCGAGAAGAUUGUACAAAACAAAAGUCUGCUUGAUUCAAUUUCAUUUACAGUUCAAUCGACGACAGAUCUGGGUGUAUUAAUAUUUGAUGAUGAAAUGAUAAAGAAACUACAAUAUUUAUUCGUUAUUACAACAAAUUCUGAAUUUAAAUUUACAUCUGGAAUGAUCUCAAUAAUCAAAUUGAAUUUGAUACAAAUGGACUGUCCAGUUUGCAUUGAAUUUGAAGAUAAAGUUUGGGUUGGAGUUGAGUAUUUGAAGAAAGGAAACAAGGUUAAAACUAGAAUUGACCAGAUUAAGUUCAAAUUAUUACAUGAGAAGGAUGAUGAUGAUUUUGAAGUUGGAGUUGUAAUGGAGUCCAUCCAAGAAAGUCCUCCAGAAGUUGCUGAAAUGCUCGCAAGUAAAUUGAUGAAUACAAAAAAGAGCGUUACGAAUAUAUACUUGAAUUAUGAUUUUUUCCCGUUAGGACACUUCAAUUAUAGUUACAGAAAAGCAGUUGGAAUGCCGAUCAGCCGAUUUUGUCAGUUGAAUGUAUAAAUUAUAUUAGAAUCAAAUUCAAUAGAAUAAAUUUUUUCUGAUUUCA